CCCAGGAGAGCGUUUGGGGCAGCUCUGAUCCUGCCCAGCAAGGAGCGCACCCCGCCGCUGCCGGGGCCGUCCCUGCCCGUGUCUCUGCCGUCCCUGCCGGGGUUUGGGCAGGCCUGGCUCCUCUCCUGGCUCCCUUUUGCCCCGGCGGGGCGCGCGUGGCCGAGUCAGAGCCCGGAGCUUUAUUGCAGUGACGAGCCGGGGGUGGAACGAGUCGGGCAGGUCUCGGCCGGGCUGCCACGCACAGCAGGCUGCUUCUCCUGGGUGCCAGUGUCGACCCCUCUCGGUGUAUGUGUGGUAACAACAUGUCUGUCCCCCUCCUCGCCGACGCUGUCACCGUGUCAGGGGCAGAGCGGGAGACUGCCGCGGUCAUUUUCCUCCAUGGCCUUGGAGACACGGGGCACAGCUGGGCCGAUGCUCUCUCCUCCAUCCGCCUCCCCUACGUGAAGUACAUCUGCCCUCACGCGCCCCGGAUCCCGGUGACCCUCAACAUGAAGAUGGUCAUGCCCUCCUGGUUUGACCUGAUGGGAUUGACUCCAGAUGCACCUGAGGAUGAAGCUGGGAUCAAGAAAGCUGCAGAAAGCAUUAAAGCAAUCAUUGAGCACGAGAUGAAGAACGGGAUCCCCCCCAACCGCAUCAUCCUGGGGGGCUUCUCACAGGGCGGUGCCUUGUCGCUGUACACGGCUCUCACCUGCCAGCACCAGCUGGCCGGCAUCGUGGCGCUCAGCUGCUGGCUCCCUCUGCACAAGGCCUUCCCACAGGCGGCGAGCAACGGCGUGAACAAGGACAUUGCCAUCCUGCAGUGCCACGGGGAGCUGGACCCCAUGAUCCCCGUGCGCUUCGGGGCCCUCACGGCCGAGAAGCUCAAGUCUGUGGUCACCCCCACCAAGGUGCAGUUCAAAACCUACCCCGGAGUGAUGCACAGUUCCUGUCCUCAGGAGAUGCUGGCGGUGAAGGAGUUCAUCGAGAAGCUGCUGCCCCGGAUCUGAGCCGAGCCCCUGGGGACUGUCGCAGGGCAGGGUGCCGAGGCCAGCGCCUGUCCCUGUGACCCGCCCGCCGCCAACGGAAGCCAUGGCCCCCAGCACCCCCCACCACACCCCCGUGCCCGUCCCCGCCCGUGCCCCGGCUCUCCUGCCUGAGGCGAGCCCGGGAGGGGCCUUUUCUCUCCUGCUCUGGCUCCCAGCGGCUCCCGGGGGAAGGCCACCGUCCCCUCGGGCCCCCGCGGGGCUGGCACGGCGCGGGUGAGGUUUUCCUGCUGGGUUUGGGGUUUUUGUACCAGUAUUAGGGGCUGGGGCACGCCGGGGCUCUGCCCUCGGUGCCGCUCCCGCUCUCUGCUCAGGCGACUCGCGGGUUUUCAGUCAGAGCUCAGGAACCCGGGACUCCCCUGUGGGCUCUGCCCUGGGCUGGCAGCGCCAAAGGCUGCCCGGGGCCGCAGGGAGGGUCAGUGCAGCUCCCGCACGGCCCCGCCUGUCACACACGCACACUCCCCUCAGCCCGGCCUGGGGCAGCCCUGCCCUCCCGAGAUAAUCACCUCCUUCCUCCUCCUCCUCCUGCUCCUCCUCCUCCUCUUGUCGCUUUUACAAUCUCCAUCCCAGAGGCGUCUGCCCCCUCCCAGCCCAGCUCUGCACCCUCGGAGCCCCAAAGCUUCGUUUACACUCCCGGAGCCACCGGCCCCUCUUCAAUGUCUUCUCUUGCUGCUACGUGUCCUUCCCUUGGGCUGCCUGGGGAGGGGGGUCCCUGCAGCCCGGGUUUGGCUCCUGGUGCAGCUGGAAGGAGCAGCUCUGCUCCCAGCCCGGGGGCUGCUGUGCCCCACCCUCUGUGCCCCGGGGCUCUCCCUGCUCCCGGGGCCGGGGGCUCCUGCCCCCCCAUGUACAAUCACCUGUGGCUUGUCCCCUCCCGACUGCUGGCAUCGUGCUGGGGCCCCGAAUGUCUCCUCUGGGGGGGCUCCUGGCCGACCCUCCCCUCCCACAGGGCCUGGGGCAGUGGCUGUGGAGCAGCUCUGCCCUCACCCCCUCUCUCUCUCCCUGGGCUGAGCCCCCAGCCGGGGCUAUCAUGGCUUUUCAAACACCCCCACAUUGCCCAGGGCUGGCCCUGCUCCCCCUGCCCUGCCCCAGGGAGGGGAGGGCUGCCCUGGGGGGCUCUGGGGGGGCUCAGCCCCGGCAGCUCUGCUCCAGCCCUGCCCUUCCUGCCCGGGCUGUGCAAAGCAAUAACCUCCUCUGCAGAGUGCAUCGUGGGGCCACCCUGGGCUCGGGGCUUGGCGUUUCUGUUCUUGCUCCUUUUAGGAAGUCUGAAGGCAGCAGAGCUGCUGCUGGCACUGGGGCAGCCCAGCCCUGCCCGGGGCUCUGCCCUGCCCUGGGCUCUGCCCUGCCCGGGGCUCUGCCCUGCUGGCUCUUCCAUGCUGUGUUCUAAUGCUGCUGUGCCCCCGGCCCCCACGCCUGGCUGGGGGCACCAGGGGCUGGCAGGGGUGGGAUGGCAGCGCCCUGGGGGCACCAGGGGCUGCUGAUGGACAGACUGACCUGUGUGACUGUGAACUGGAACCGUGUGUGGUGGGGGGCCCGGGCCCAUCCCCCUGCAGAGCAUUCCUGCUCACUCCCUGCCCAGGCAGUGCCGGGACCCCGGGAGGGAGAACGGCUUCUCUCCAUUCCUCAGUACAGCUUUGGGUUUUUUCUUUUUGUUUGGUUUUUUUUUUCUGCGGUUUUUUUGGGUUGUUUUUCUUCUCUCUCGUCUUCCUUGUACACGUUUGGGUUUUUUUGUGUGUGUGUGCGUGCGUUCCACAGAGAAUCAAGGUGAAAUAAAUCCUCAACUUAUCCUGGA